GAUUGCGAUCCAUAAUAACCGGCCCCAAUGCUCAUAUUCUUACGUGACUGACGUGUACACAGGAGAAAGAUAAAUGUAGCCACUUCAACAUGAUUUAUGCGCGUUUGUGACAGUGCCGCUCGUCUGACGUUACGUUCACAGUUGGCUCUAAACCAACGUGAUUUUUGGCCUAUAACGGUUCACGAUGUUAAAGAAGAAGGGCAAAGGAAAGAAGAAAGGCAAAAAGAAAAACAAACAGCCCAAGAAAGAUCCAAAGAUCAUUGUUCUUGAGUACCUACUGGACUGUGGCCUGCGCAAGAGGGGACGCCUGACCGAAAACCGCGACGAGUGGCUGGCAGACAACCAAGAGCGACAGACCCAGGUGGACACGCUCCGGGUGGAGCUGGACGCCACCAUCGGCUACCUGCGCCGUCAGGAGGGCAUCGAGAAGAAGGCGUGCGAGGACGAUCUGGCGGCGCGAGACCGCGAGCUCAGCGACACCGAGCGGCUGCUGCAGGACGAGCAGCGCACCUACGGCCGUAACGAGGCCGAGCUAUCGGAGGAGCUGCGAGGCGUGGCGAUUGAAGCGACCGACACGGAAGAACAAGUCAAGUUCUAUAAGAAUUAUCCAGUCGUUCAAAACCUUGAGAAACGGGAGCAGAUUAAAGUUCUGAAAUCCGAAAUUCGCCAUGUGGAUGAACUCCACGAUGCAUUCGAAGCCCAGCUGGACGGCAACUUCCGCUACAUGCAAGGCUUCCUGACCGGUCACCACUCGCAUCACCUGGAGCAAGCCAAGCAGUCGGCGGCUCACUGGGCGCUGCAGACCAUCUCGCUGAGCGACCACAGCGACCUGUCGGCGCAGGAGACGCUCUGCUUGGAGAGCGUGCUGACCAGCGUGCAGGGAGACGGGCUCCGCGACCAGCUCGACUGGAUCGACGGGGACAACGCGGUGCUACAGAGAGAGCUGGUGCCACUGCGGCGGCCCGAGCCGGAGCCUGAGGUGGAGCCGGAGCGGGAGCCGGAGCCGGGGUCGGAGCCGGAGCCAGAGCCUGCGAUCAGCGCGACCGCCUCUGACGCCAGCGACGGCAGCUGCCUGCCGCUCCGUCUCCACUUGGAGAGCAUCAUCGACCUGCUGGCGACGUCACGGCCGAGCGACGGGCAGCGCGCGCUCCUCGAUCAGCUGCGCGACGAGACGCUGGCACAGCUAUGGCCCGACGAGGACGAAGAGCGGGCGGCGACGGCCGACCGAGCCCGCCAGACGCUGCGGCCGUUCGAGCGGUUCGCAGCGCGCCGCCACUGGUGGCGCGUGCACCAGCCGGAGCCGAAGCCGCUGAUCAACGAGAGUCCGUCUGUCUCGUCGGCGCAUAUCUCGGACGAGUGGGAGCUUUCGAAGGCCGACUGGCUGGACCACCUGCGCCGGCGCUCGGCGCUCACCGUCACGCCCGUCGACUCGGCCGAGGCAGUCGGCUCGCGACCGGACAGCGACGCCGCGCUGGUCGAGGUCGCCUCGGACAGCGCGGCCACAACCACCGUAUAG